GCGGCCCCCGCACGCUCACCCCCGCUGUUUAUUCUCGGCCGAGUGGCGGGGCGACAGUCGCCCGCGUGACGCGCAACGGAUAGCACGCGCGUUCUUAACUCGCAAACAUAAACAGCGAGGUGCAUUCAUUAUCGGACGUCGCCGGAAGAAAAAUUGAAUCCAAAACAAACAAUACUCAAAGCUUUACAAUAAAAUACAAACAAGGGUGAUCCUUGCGAACGCACACACGCAUACGGGCAUAGAAUAAAAAUCGGCAGAAGUGACAAUCGCUAAAGUGGCGGCGCUAGGAAGUCGUUUGGAAUGCGCGGGAGAUCUGUGUAGCGCGCGCGCUCGCCCCGACACCGUGCCGCCCUCCGGACAGCCGGCCAUGGCGACCGAGACCGCUCGGUUGCAUGCAGGCGCCGCGGGCGAGCAGCAGUAUUCACUGCGGUGGAACGACUUCCACUCGGCCAUGGUAUCGUCCUUCCGACGGCUCCGGGAUGAGGAGGAUUUCGUUGACGUCACGCUGGCCUGCGCCGGAGCUACGUUUACCGCACAUAAGGUGGUGCUAUCAGCCUGCAGUCCGUACUUCCGAAGAUUACUUAAGGCUAACCCGUGUCAGCAUCCGAUAGUUAUACUACGAGAUGUACACGACAAAGAUAUGGAGAGUUUAUUAAGGUUCAUGUAUCAGGGAGAAGUUCAUAUUGGACAAGAGCAAUUAAAAGAGUUCCUAAGAGCCGCUCAACUUUUACAAGUCCGAGGGUUGACCGACGUUCCUCCACCGGCUCCGUUAGCUACACUCGAUCAAAAGGCAUCUCCGUCCGCGUCGUCGUGGACGGAGACGGGCAGCGGCGGCUCGCGCGAGGGCCGCGAGGCGCGCGAGGCCCGCGAGGCGCCGGCGCGCGAGGGCCGCCGCGCGCGCCGCGCCGACGACGCGCCCUGCACGCCGCCGCCCAAGCGCGCGCGCUCCUCCGACCUCUACCAGGCGCAGAUGAAGACCAGGACGGAGCAGCUGCUGGCGGCGCAGGGCGCGAGUCCCGAGCGUCUCGGCACCAACGGACACGAACUGGCCCUCUUCAGCCAAGCCUUGGAAACCGUACAGAACCCGCACCUCUCCGGAGUCUCCAACAAUUUGUCAGGAGAUGGCGAAGAGUCGUCUUCAGACGCCGGCGCCAGCGAUACGGAAGGAGAAAACAGAGCCAAGCAAGAACCAGUGGACUACGACGACCCGGCGACCAUGGCCAACACUAACGGAGCGCUCCCUCAUAACUUCCCCGGACUUCUAAAUUUACCAGGAUUUCCGGGACUCCCAGGACCUUCAGGAAUACCAGAUAAUUUCGGAGGUUGCCGUCGAACUCAAGACCUGCUGCGCGUGAGAGCCACCGACCCGAGGCCUUGUCCGAAAUGUGGGAAGAUCUAUCGAUCGGCACACACCCUGAGAACUCACCUCGAAGAUAAGCAUACAGUGUGUCCCGGUUACCGCUGCGUGCUGUGCGGGACGGUGGCCAAGUCCCGCAACUCGCUGCACUCGCACAUGUCGCGACAGCACCGCGGCAUCUCCACCAAAGACCUCCCAGUGCUGCAGAUGCCCACACGCUUCGACCCGGAACUCGCGAGCCAGCUGCUGGCCAAGGCGGGCGUGAAGGUGUCGGCGGAGCAGCUGCGCGCGCGCGCCUCGCCCACGGGCCCGCGCCGCGCCGACAUGAAGCUGGACGCCAAGUCCGCCGCCUCCGAGACCAGCUCGCUGUGCGGCGACAACGACGACGACCUCAGCCAGUCCAAGUACCAGGACUCGCUGCCCGUCUCCCCGCCGCACAUAAACAACCUGACGAAUACGACUAUAACAAAAGUGCCGGCGGUGCGAGCGGUGACGGCGAAGGCGGUGGAGAACCUACCCCACGGCCUCUCGGGGAUGAAACAUGACGACUACCCGCCGGGGUUCGGGGGUGGUUCGGCGAUAUUGGACACCUACCUCCAGUACAUUGGGGAGAACGUUUUUGGUAUGAACGCCGCUAAAUUAGCCCAAAUGAAUGCUAUGCACAUGGACAGGAAAACUUACGACGAACCCUCCCCUCAAAUGGGUUCACUUCCGCCUCCCCCGACGACACUGGCCCACCAGCGUUUCCUGAAGCAGAUGCAGCGGCAAUACACCGAGAACAUGGGCAAGCCGGACAUCAUGCGCGACACCGACGAACCCUUAGACCUGGGCAAAGAGAGACAGAGGAACGACAGCAUCAGCGAAGCGGAUAUCGACAAGCAGGAUAUGGACAAGGACAUGAACAAGGAUUACUACAAGGGCUACAACGAAGACGACAGGAACCGAGUCAACAGCUCGGAGGCGGACCACGAGACCAGUGGUCACGACGACGGGGACUACUCCGAGGACGAACACAACAAGAUCGCGUCCUCAUGAAAUGAUGUCCACGUCGGGUUGUCGAACUAGCAUGCGAGUGAAACUGUUCCGACAGUGUUUUGUUGAUGGUUUACGAAAAGGUGCUUGAGUGUUAUGUUACGUCGUUAGCUGAUUCAUUUUAAACGUUUUAUCGUUGACCCGUGGAAUAUCGUUGGUGCCAUUGACCGAUGUAUGUAAAUUUAACUUUAAGGGUCGGGUCGACCAGUAUCGGUCGCAACUAGGUUAACCGGAAAGAGUAAAAAAUAUUUGGCAUUUAAAGUAAUGGACACGACCGAUCGACGGUUCGCGUCGACGGCCGGUAGCUACAAGAUGUUAGAGAUUAGGAGGUUCGCCCGAACUGUGCCACAGCCGUCACCGACUAGCGAGACCCGCGUACACGUUGGAUUAUUAUACCGUCGACUCGUCACUUGUGAGAUUGUUUAGUAGUAAAUAACUAGUGAGUAGUAACUUUUGUGUAAGGUCCCUUCGCCGAGGGCCUCUUACAUAGUAAUUCCAUCCAACUACCUCAACAUUCGGGCCAAUAAGGCGACGUUAUAAAUUUAAAAAAUAUCCACACAAAUUGUGAAAUUCCAUCCAUCUACCUCACUUCAAUAGAUUUUAUUUAAUAUUUUAUACAAUUUAUAGAUAUAAUAACUGUUGUUUUAUGCAUUUUGCAGAUUGCAUUUAUAUAUACUAUAUAGAGUAUAUCUUAGGUAAAAUAUAAAGCAAGUCAUUAGGUGGUUGUUAGCGCUGCCCGUAGGUUAUAUCUGUACCAUUUUAUUUUUAUAGAAGACGCACUCACUAGAGGAAAAUUAGACUGUCACGACCGUAGCGAGUUGUAUGUUACCUUAUAUGAAAAAUGCACCUAUAUUUAGGAAAAUUAAAAAAAAAACAAAAUAUCUUUGUAUACGAACAAAAAUAACAGAGCUUAAAAACUUAAUAAAUAUUUAUCGAUGUGCGUAAAAAGAAUCGCCGAUUUUUAUAUCGUAUUGAAAGGACGAUAAUGUUAUUGUUUAAAACAUUACGAGAAUUUUUAAAUUCUAACAUCUACUGCCUCGAGACUGAGUAUAAUUUCAAAGGGUAAGUAUAUUCCGAUUGCGAUUCUCGUUUCGUAAAUUAAAUGUUCAAAUUCGACCUUAAAAAAACGAUGCAUUGUAUAUAAACAUGUGGUGAUAUGUAAAGUACAUAAUGAUAAACAAAUAGUAACAAAAGCAAUAAAUAAAGUAUACCUUGAUGUUGCCUUCGAGUACGUGUAUAUAUGUGUAAGUGAUAGUUACGGAUUGUGUUGGGUCGCGGGCAGACCGACCGACCGACCGACCGACCGACGAAACGGUGGAAAGUUUUAUUCUGUAGUAAUGAUGAGGGCUCGUUACUUGGAUAACAAUUACUGUGAUUACAAUCUCAUAAUUAGCCUUCGAUAAUUAUACAUAUUUUUUAGAGUACAAUGUUAUAGUUAUUUAGUAUAUUGUAAGAUUAUAUGUAAGCGAGUCACAAAAAUAUUUACUUCCCGAUACAUUAGAAUUCACUUUAUUUAAGAAUUUAGAGCGAUAGGUGAAGCAUUUAAUCUUUUUUUUUUUAAUGUGAGAUAAAUAUGGACGUUUUUGAGUUUUUCGUGUCGCAACACUGCGCCGUGGUUGUCACGUGUCAGUGGGCGGACUGCGACUAAUUCGUAAGUUUAAGAGUACGGGUUGAUUGAAUAUUAUUUUUAGUGUGUUAGUGAGAUUUGACGGGUAUCGUCAGUUUGGUUUGAAUAAACAAUAACCUUGUUGACAGUUAACGGUGUUGCCAUAGUAAGUAAUUAUUAUUUUUGACUGUAAAUAAGUUUUGAUUGUUUAGAGAGAAGUGUGCUUAUUUUUCUCAUUACGUUAUAGAAGAUUGACUUCUUUAUUUAGAUGAUACGCAGAUAAAUAGAUGUUGAAGCACGGUACACUUUACAAUAGUCAGUUACCAGAUUGUGAUUAAGAAAUAUAUAUUUUUUCAGAACACCAUUUUGCAUACCACAGUUUAAAUAUAAGAGACAGUACUGAAGUUACAUCGAAGAUGUAAUGUUUUUAUAAAAUGAGGCUAUUUUAUGAGUAAAUUAUAAACAUAUACAUAGUUAAACGUUUUGAGCCUGUCGCUGGAAAAUUCUGUUGUCGUUGUAAGCUCAACACUAUUCGAUGUAACUUCAAACAACAUCUCGACGUUGUUGAUUAUACUUAUAAUUAUAUACCAGUGAAGAAAUUAUGAUAAUUAGGACUUUAAGUCGAUCAUUAUGCUCUUAUUGUGUAAAAAGUAUGUUUAGUUACCUUUUGAACUUUGAAAGUUCGAUAUUAGCAGUUCUUUAUUUUUAGUCACCCGACUAUACCUCAUUAGUCGCAUAAGACUCAUAACUUGUUUGCUGAAAUGAAUAACUAGUAAAGUUUUAUUGUUAAGUCCUUUUCAAUAUUUUAGCAAUUACUUGAAUACAUGAGAAGCAAUAAUUUUAAAUUUUCAAUAGCUCUUAACAAGAUAUGAGUAAAGAAAUAUAUUUUAAUAGAGAGCACAAAACAUUAAAUAUUCCUUGAAAUUAAAUUGUAUACAAUCACUAGUUGUUAGAUAAAUUACAAAUGUUUCCAUCGCACAUGACAAAUGCAGGUUGUUAUUAUACCAUAGAUUUAUUCCAUCUCGGCAUAAGUUUAAUUUUAUAUGCACAUUUAGUUUUUCAACUUUGCAAAAAAUAUAUUUUGCUGUCAUUUAAAAAAGAAAAUAUUAUUUAUAUUGUAAGAAUAAUUCUUAUUUAUCUUCCAACUUUGAAAUUAAUUAAGUGGCCCCACUAUAUACGAUACAAUACUCUUGCCACUAUCAAAAAUUCAAAACUACUAUUUAAAAAAGAUAUCUCAGUUGUUGAUAGUAUAAAAAAGUAAGAAAUAUUUUUUUAAUUUUAAUUCAAUGCCACGCCUCUGCCAUUGUACAUUAGUGUACUAGAUGUAUGCUGCUUCACUACAUUAUUAUAAACAAGAUAAUAAAAAUAAUUGUUUUGAAA